GGCAAAGCAACAUUAUACUUUCCGUCAUACCAAGAUAUUGGAACAUUACAAACUCAAAUAAAAUCCCCCAAAACAACAUACAUUACAUUAUCAUCAUAUUAUCAUAUCAUAUCCUACAUACCUAUUUCAUAUUCCCUCACUAUCACCAGCCAUGUGCAAUCCACCGCCCUCAUCCUCUACUACAAAUAAAAAAAAGCAGGAUGAGAAGAAGCUGAAGGAUGUGCACGUGACGGCGCUGGACGGCGUGGUGAACGUGAACUCACUCUUCACCAUCGCCAUUUUCUUGGGGCUUGCGAUGGCGUCGCCGGGGCAGCUGAAGAGCCUCAACGUCCGGGAAGAGUGCCAGCCGGGAGCCAAAACCGCCAAGAUGCUCGUCGUCUUCGAGAUCCUCUCCUUCAGCUUCUUCCUCUUCUCCUCCCUCGUCGCCCAGUCCAUCAAGCUCUCCCUCAACCUCCAGCCCUCCUCCGAUCAGGCCUCCGAUCAGGCCGCCAACGAGAGGAGCUCCAGCGUGGCCGUCGACGAACACUUGUUGACGGCGGGAGUCCUCUUCUCGGCGAUGUCGUCGGUGGUGGGGUGCCUCUUCUUGCUGGUGUCUAUGGUGAAUGUGAUCGAGUUGAAGCUGGGAGUGCUUUCUUGCAUGGCCACGGCCACCAUUGUCAGCGUUGCGUUCUUGAUCCCCUUGUCGUUGGCCGGAAUACUCAUCUACGUUUUUGCGGCGAUCAACCGAUAUGUUAGACGUACCGGCGACAAAACCGCCGCCGGCCAACACGAAGCCUAGCUUUCCAAACUUUAAAUAAUUAUAUACUCUUUAAUUUCAUCAUACUUUCUUUUUCAACUAUAUACAUCUUUGUAUGGCUGUUUUUUUUUUUUUUUUUUGGUGUGUGUGUGUGAAUAAUUUGGUUCAACCAAUAAGGUUGAGAGUGAGAGAGAUCGAAUUAACGUGCGUGGCUGAUGAAUAAUAAGUUAAUAUUCAUUUUUAUUAUUAUUAUAUUUUGAUUU